CAUUUUGAUCCAUUUUGUGGCCCCGGGUGGUGCUGGUGGAGCGCUCAGCGGGAGGCACAUUGUCUGUAUGCAAACUGGACGACAUGGCUAUUGUAUGCGUUUGGGCAUAUAUGGAAGCACCGAUGGCUCAGAGGAAUCAGCCCGUCUGAAGUAUAGGAGUAGAGAGUCGCCCUCGACUGUGUUGUGCGCGUUUCUCUUCUCCGACUUUCUCUUCUCAUUAACCGCUCGGGUCCUUCGCUAUGAGUUGCCUGGAUGUGAUGUACCACCAAAGCUAUGGAGCGCACUACCUCCCUUCAGCGGCGUACAAGGCGACCUACUACAACCACCAUCACCAGCAACAACAGAGGAGGCUGAGUGUUUACAGUAAGAUGCAGGAGUGUAUGGAGCAGCAGCAAGGAGGAGGAAGAGCAAUACUUUCCAGGGAUCAGGGCCUCCGGCAUGGUCCUGGAGCACCAGGAACCGAAUCAGGUCUUAGAUCCACACCCGAUUCAGAGCUGAAGGAUGGUACUCAACCAGCAGAGGCUGAGUACUUGAGCUCCCGGUGCGUUUUGUUCACCUACUUUCAAGGUGACAUCGGUGAUGUGGUUGAUGAGCACUUCUCCCGGGCUCUCAGUCAGUCCAGCACCUUCAACAGCGAGACCAAACCGAUCCGAGUGACUCAGCCUAAUGCCCCAUGGAAAGAUGGUGGGCCUCUCUCCGAGGGUCAGAGCAGCUCAGUGUGGAACAGCACCUAUCCAUCCCAGGCCAGUCCUUGCCUUCCCUCCGUCUCAGUCCACCCUGACUUCUCCUCCAGCCCUGUUUCCUUCAACCAUCCGGAUGGAGCUCUGUGGGCUGACCACGUUCUCUCCCAGGCCAGCCUCCCGCCUCCGGCUGCCCUCCCCGAUAGCUGGUCCUACAGCCUGAACCCCCAGAGCACAAGUGGCUACCCAAAUGUCCACAACGUCUACCAUCCUCACCCCCAUCCUCACAUCCACACCCGGCACCACCACCACAUGCUCCAUUCAUACCCAACCCACAGCCCAGCAUUGGAUCCCAGGUUUAAUCCUCUGCUGCUGCCUGGUGUUAGAAGCCAGAACCAGCCAAGCGCCAGCGCAGGGAGUUCCCCACACAGCGAGGGGGUGAAGACAGAGAUGGACCCCAUCCGCAACAGCCCUGUCACGACUGCCUCUGUCACCUGGAGUCCCUCGUCCCUCCAUGCAUCCUUGGAGGUGUAUGACUCAGCUCUUGAUCAGACCAAAGCAAAGACGUCCGUUUGGUUCUAACUGAUGUACUGACAAUAAAAAGGAAUGUCAAUUCACACCAAAAAAAGCCCGACAAUGUUGCUCUAUCAAUGUUUGGCUGCAACACCAGCACUGUAAUGUACAAUGUAGAUGCUUACUGUAGCUUAAAGACUAUGACUCCUGCACUGUCCACACAAUUUACAAUGGAGAUGAACUCAGGCUCUGGACUUAAAUGACAAGGAUCUGCUUUGGCUGCAGGUCAAGACCCUCAAAGAACAAUACAAACAGACUACUAGCUUUAAGAAAGGGAGGAAAUCUCUUCUUUGGCA